UACGGACAGACAUGCGAUUCGUUUGAUUCGCAUCGUAAGUGAAACGAUAUUCAAAUUUGUAAAAUCGCAAUAGUACUCGUAGCGAGGAGAAAAAAUACCAACAAUUGGAUUAUAUUUUUGUGCAAAUUGGAUUGAAAUAAUCACAUUUGAUUUGAAUCAAUCAAAAUCAACGUUAUGUGAAUAUGGAAAAAGACAUUGUUUGAUGUUGAAUCCAAAGUUUGAAGUGAAAUCCAGAGUUUGCGUUUUAUCACAACGAAAUUCGUUUGUUUUGUGAAAGUGUUUGUCAAGUGCAUUCAAGCCAAAGCAAACGAAAAGGCAAUAAAACAUUGAUAAAAAAAGACGAUUCAUUACAAAAGUCUAAAACGAUCCCAGGUUAAACCUUCAAAACAAACUAAGUGUAGAUGGUUAUUGUGCGGGCAAAGAAGAUAUUGAAGGGAAAAAACAAAGUUGUGGAUUUUUCCUGCUGGAAUUUUAAUUUCGAAAAUUAUUGUAAUUGCUUUCUGUGUGUGUGUAUUGUGUUGGCUUGGCUUGGCUUGGCUUUUAUCAACUCUUUUGACCCCAUAGUGAGAAGAAAUAAAGUUAAAUUUUAUUUUAAAUAAGAACAACGAUACUGGAUAAUUUAGCCAAUAAUUUCGCAAUUAAACUGCAUCGAACGACUGCAAUGAUCCGUUAACUAUUGUACACACACAGAAAAAAAACACACACGGGGCAACAAAAACAAACCAGCAACCACAACAACAAAACUCUGCACACACGGAGAUUGUUGCAUUGAGCGAGAGAAAGAAGCAGAUAAACGGCAACAAACAAGCCAACUAACCAACCAGCCAUCCAGCCAGCCAGCUCAGUCAAAGGCAGCGCAAGAGAGCUGAGCUCCAAAACGCGAACAAGACAGAUACCCAACCGACAACAACAACAAGUAACAGCCGAGUUACUUGAAGAGAUCGACGAACUGUUGUGUGUUCUUUCUCGCUCUGUGUCUGUGCAUAUCGAGGAAUAAUAAUAAUAAAGCAGAAAAAAAGGUACACACAACGUAAAUACGCUAUUUAAAAAUCUAUGUAAGAAAACAUUUUCAGCAUAGAGCCCGCGCGCAAUAGCAACGUGUGUACCGAAAGGAAAAGAAGAGGGAAAAAAUAUUGUGUGCAACAGAUCAUUUCAGUUUCUGUGCGCCUUUUUUCCGCCAAUUUCAGUGUGCUAACAUCGCUUAAUAUCGCUAUUUUUAAGGUGAAGUCGAAUCGGCAUCGAGCGCAAGCAAGAGAUAGAUAACAAACGAGCGAGUGUGAUCGAGAAAACCGAAGCGCAAAGAAAAAAAAAAAACAGAACAAAAAUUUGUGUGUUAUUGUUAAUGUGUAUACGGUGCGAUUAGUUAGCAUUUACAUGAUCAAAAAGUGCACACGCGUUGUAUUCUUGUUUUGCGAAUUAAAUUGUCUACAUAUCGUGAAUUCUAGUUUUUUUGAUUGUUGUUUUUGCUGUUCGUUUGACUUAAAAAUUGCAUCCAUCGAUAAAUAUCUUGGGCCGACGAAAAUUUAAACGUGUCUCGGUGAACAAAUCAAUUUUGUGGUUUAUUUCGGAGUGUACGAAGAGGAAAAAAAGUGAAUGGUCUUCGAAAAAAAAACGAUCGGCAAAAAAGAGAGAAUAAUCAGUGCAUUUGUGAGAAUUGUGAAGCGAGUCAACGGAAAAAAAAAAUUAUUUUCAUAUCGAGACAAAGAGAUUCCAAUGAUACAAACGUGACUCGCAAGAAAUGGUUGUUCGUUUAAGUGCUUGCACCUAAAUCUUUUGUACGAUUGAAUGACAACAAAAACCAUAACAUAUUGCAUUUGGAUACGCACACAUACAAAACAAAACCGGGAAAUUUUAAGUGCCUUGCAAAAAAAUAAAAACAGAAGAAAGAAGACAGAUUAAGGAUCGAAACGAUAUUGCAGGCGCCAUUUAAAUCUCUUUGAACGAACGAUCAAUCGAAAGACAUCAACGAUCCAACGGAUGACGGCCACUUACUAACGGCGAACAAGAGAGUGAACGCUGCGACAGCAAGUGGACAAAAACGAGCGAGAGUACCGAAGAGUAAGCGAUAUAGUGUGUGCGAGCGAAACCCAUUCGAAAUAAAUCAUAAAGCAUCGACACAGGGGUCAUUGAAACAGAACAUAGUAUAAUCUGAGGCAGCUAUAACGCGCAAUGGUUCAUUUACAUAAUUUUAAUCGGUGAUGAUAAAAAGCGGUGAGUUGCUGCUGUAUGCGUACACGUAGGUGAAAGAUAAAUUAUGGCAGCAUCCACGAAACAAACCACGACAACGGCAACAACGACGACGACGACGACAAAAAUGUUGUGUCUCAUUGGGAUGAGGCGACUAGUUUGGCUGUUGUGGUGGUCAAUGCUAAUGUGCAUUGCGUCGUCGGUCAGCCAAACAAUGGCCGAACAUGUAUGCGAAUUAGAAGUGUCAGAAGGCGUACCAAUUGGUUAUCAAAUCGGUUAUAUUGGCGAGUUUUUGCACGGUGUUGAUAGUGGCCCACCGUAUUUAAUCGUUCCGGUGCAAGGUAGUGCCGUCGAACCGGAUCUAUCCAUUGAUCAUACGACCGGUGAAAUAAGAACAAAAGUGCUAUUGGAUCGUGAAACACGGGCAUCCUAUUCAUUUGUCGCCAUUCCGAUUAGCGGCGACAAUAUUAAAGUGUUAAUUCGUGUACUGGACGAAAAUGAUAAUGCGCCUAUAUUUCCAUCGCCAUCGAUGAAUAUUGAAUUUCCGGAGAAUACACCGCGCGAUGUAAAGCGUACACUAAAUCCGGCACGUGACUUAGAUUUAGGGCGAUACAAUACGCAACGUUAUAAUAUUGUGUCGGGCAAUGUGAACAAUGCGUUUCGGCUGUCGUCACACCGUGAACGUGACGGUGUUUUAUAUUUGGACUUACAAAUCAAUGGAUUUUUAGAUAGAGAAACCACACCAUUUUAUAGUUUAGUGAUUGAAGCGAUUGACGGUGGUAAUCCACCGUUACGCGGUCAAAUGUCCGUGAAUAUAUCGAUACAAGACGUUAACGAUAAUACACCGAUAUUCAAUCAAAGCCGAUACUUUGCAUCGGUGCCGGAGAAUGCAACGAUCGGUACAAAAGUGCUUCAGGUGUAUGCCAGUGACAUUGAUGCUGGCCACAAUGGUUUAAUUGAAUUCUCAAUAAAUCGUCGACAAAGUGAUCGUGAGCAAAUGUUUCAAAUUGAUGGCAAAACCGGCAUCAUUUCGGUGAAUAAGCCAUUGGAUUUUGAAACAAAAGAGCUGCAUGAAUUGGUUGUGGUGGCCCGUGAUCAUGGUGAGCAACCGUUGGAAACGACGGCGUUCGUGUCCAUUUCGGUAACGAAUGUCAACGAUAAUCAGCCAAUAAUCAAUGUAAUUUUCCUGAGUGACGAUGCAACACCGAAAAUAUCGGAAGAUGCACAGCCGGGCGAAUUUGUGGCACGCAUUUCGGUAAACGAUCCCGAUUCAAAAACCGAAUACUCCAAUGUGAACGUUUCACUGAUUGGGGGUGAUGGACAUUUUGGUUUAACCACACGCGAUAGUAUAAUUUAUUUGGUAAUUAUUUCGUUGCCGCUGGAUCGUGAAGUGCAGCCAAAUUACACGCUGAGCAUCGUGGCUACCGAUCAGGGCAAUCCACCGUUGCACGCAUCCAAAACCAUUUAUCUGAAAGUAACCGAUUGCAACGACAAUGCGCCCGAAUUUGAAAAGGAAAUUUACCAUGCGAAUGUGAUGGAGGUAGCCGAUCCGGGCACAUCAGUUCUACAAGUGGCCGCAAUUGAUCGUGAUGAAGGCAACAAUUCGGUGAUUACGUACUCCAUAUUGGAUACACCGAAUACGCAUUCGGAUUGGUUUCAAAUCGAUCAAAACACCGGAUUGAUCACCACACGAACGCACAUCGAUUGCGAAACGGAGCCGGUGCCACAGUUGAUUGUGCAGGCACGAGACAAUGGUGUACCGCCAAUGUCAUCGACUGCAACGGUUUUCAUCCAAAUCCACGAUGUCAAUGACAAUGAACCGAUCUUCGAUCAAAGCUUCUACAAUGCCACGGUUAGCGAGAAUGAUCCAAAGGGCAAAUGUAUUUUAAAGGUAUCGGCAAGCGAUCCGGAUUGCGGUGUGAAUGCUAUGGUAAAUUAUACGAUUGGUGAUGGCUUCAAAAAGAUGAUGGAAUUUGAAGUGAAGCACACCACCGGCGAUAUAUGUAUUAGUGGUAUGCUGGACUUUGAAAUGCGGAGCUCAUAUGAAUUCCCGAUAAUAGCCACCGAUCAAGGUGGUUUGAGUACGACGGCCAUUGUUAAGAUUCAAGUAACCGAUUUUAAUGACAAUGCACCGAUAUUCUAUCCAACUGAAUACAAUGUAUCGCUACGUGAAGCAUCGACCGGCUCAUCGGCCAUCGUUCAAGUGGUGGCGUCCGAUUUAGAUUCUGAUCACUUUGGCGCUGUAACAUAUCGCAUCGUUAGUGGAAAUGAGGCGAGCAUUUUUCGCAUUGAUCGUGUGACGGGAGAGAUUUUUGUUAGCAAACCAAGUUUGCUGUCAAGCCGCACACAACCCCAUCAUAAAUUAAACAUUUCGGCCAGCGAUGGAGGCGGUUUGAGAUCAUCACAAAAUGCGGUCGUUUAUAUUAAUGUCAUUGAUUCGAUGCAUCGGCCUCCGAUAUUCGAGAAAACACGAUACACUUACUCGGUGAAAGAAGAUGUGGCUCGUGGCACAGUUGUCGGCUCGAUUUUAGCAACCAGCAGUGAUUCAGGAAGUCGCAGUAUAACAAAAUACUCAAUCUAUGGCGGUGAUCCGGACGGAUAUUUUAGCAUUGAUUCAUUGUCUGGCAAUAUUCGAAUUGCAAAUAAAUUGGAUCAUGAAACGAAAUCACAGGUUUUACUAAAUAUCCAAGCGAUAAGUGGUGAUCGGCCCGAUUAUGCACACACCCAAGUGACAAUCUACAUUGAAGACGUCAAUGAUAAUGCACCCGAAUUUGAAUCGAGCACGGUUCGCAUAUCAAUUCCGGAGAAUGUUGAACUGGGCACACCACUCUAUGCAGCCAAUGCUCAUGAUAAAGAUUCGGGCAAGAGUGGCACGGUUCGAUAUCGUUUGACAAAUGUUGAUGACAUGCACACCACAAAUACAAUUUCCUUAUCAUCAUCACUGUCAACGGGCGAUCGCAAAAGCAAUCCAAACCUAUUUAGCAUCGAUGCAGAAACCGGUCAUUUAACGUUGCUGCAUCAUUUAGAUUAUGAAACGGCUCAACGACACGCUUUGAUCGUCACUGCAUCCGAUUUGGGUGAGCCAUCGUUAACGGCCAAUUUGACAAUUUUAGUUGAAGUACAAGAUGUAAACGAUAACAGUCCAGCUUUUGAGCGCAACGAAUACUCAAUCAGUGUUAUUGAGUCGACACAAAUUAAUGCACAGGUUUUACAAGUAACCGCAACCGAUUUAGACACCGGUAACAAUGCACGGUUAACCUAUCGAAUUGUGAGCGGUUCGCAAAUGUUCCAACCAAGACAUGACGUUAAACAACGUUCCAAGAGCAGCAACACGUCGAAAGGAAAUAUGCAAGCGGCUGCAAAUAUUACCGACAUUUUUGGCAUGUUCCCAAACAAUGGUUGGCUUUAUUUGCGCAGUGAAUUAGAUCGCGAGAAAUGCGAUUACUAUGAUUUAACCGUUGUGGUGAAUGAUAAUGGCACACCUUCGGCAUCGGCCACAACUCACGUAAUUGUGAACGUACUGGAUGCGAAUGAUAAUGAUCCGGUGUUUAUGCAAGACUCAUACGAAUUUACGGUUGAUGAAAAUGCACGUCGCAAUACGGUUGUUGGUGUUGUUUCGGCCAGCGAUAUUGAUUUGGGAAUAAAUGCUGAACUCAAGUACAAUUUGAUUCCGGACAAUUCAAGCUUUCACGUAAAUCCAAAUACAGGUGAAAUAAUUACACGUGAAACAUUGGAUCGUGAACAGCAUGCGUCGUAUGAUUUCGUCGUGGAGGCUCGUGAUCAGGGAACACCGUCUCGAAGUUCGAGAGCUCAAGUGCGCAUCCAUAUCAAUGAUAUAAAUGACAAUGCCCCAGAAAUAGUUGAUCCACAAGAAGAUGUGGUGAGUGUACGGGAAGAGCAACCACCUGGCACGUACGUCGUUCGCAUUCGUGCAAUUGAUCGCGACAAUGGCUAUAAUGCCAGUAUCACGUAUUCAAUAUUAAAAGGACGUGAUUCGGACGGCUACGGAUUAUUUUCGAUCGAUUCAUCAACGGGCAUCAUACGAACUCGUGUCGCCUUAGAUCAUGAAGAGCGUAGUAUUUAUCGAUUGGCAAUUGCGGCAAAUGAUGGCGGCAAACCAUCGAAACAAACGGUGCGCUUACUUCGCGUCGAAGUGCUCAAUUUGAAUGACAACCGUCCAACAUUCACCAGCUCCAGUUUGAUUUACAAGGUUCGUGAAGAUGCGCCAAUCGGUUACAUUGUUGGUUUUAUUGGCAGCACCGAUCGAUCGGACUCCGAUAAUAUGAUCGCUGCGAAUCGUGUGCUUCAAGUGACGUACACACUCAAUUCCAUUUCGACGGAUGUCAUUGAGAAUGCAUUUGAUAUCGAUCGUAGUACUGGUUCACUGGUUGUUGCCCGCCAAUUGGAUCGCGAACAACAAAGUGAAUAUCGGCUUGAAGUGCGCGCUCUUGACACAACCGCCACAAAUAAUCCACAAAGUUCAGCAGUCAAUAUAAAAAUUGAAAUCAUCGAUCAAAAUGACAACUAUCCGCAAUGGCCACAAGAUCCCAUUGAAAUAAAAAUGGUGGAAAAUUCACCGAUCGGCAUGGCACUGUAUAAUUUUACAGCAACUGACCUUGAUCUCGGCCCAAAUGGUAAUAUUCAAUAUGAACUCGUCCAACAAAUGCCAUGGAAUCGAAAAACAUUCAGCGUUGAUCCUUUGACUGGCACCUUGACACAGCUGUUGCCCAUCGAUUACGAAGACUUGAACGAAUAUUUGCUGGUAGUUAAAGCAACCGAUCAAUCGACGAAUUUGAGCGAAAGAUUGAGUUCAUUGGUUACGGCACGCAUUUCGGUUGUUGAUGCUAAUGACAAUGGUCCAGUUUUUGUGUAUCCCAAUGCGGAUAAUGCAAUGAUUUAUGUCAGUGAAUCGUUGAGCAUCGGUGAUGUGGUCACACGAGUUAUUGCUAUCGACAAGGAUUCGAAUAACAACAGCCGCAUUUCGUAUAGCAUUAUUAGCGGAAACGAAGAAGGUCAAUUCGAAAUGAAUUCAAUGACGGGAACCAUAAAACUUCUUAAACCAUUCCUGGCCAAUGCAUCAAACGAAGUCAUUUCAACGGGCAGUGGAAUCAGUCGCAAACAUAAUCUCGUUAUUAGUGCCGCUGACAAUGGAUCACCCAUUCCACUCAGCACCCAAAUCAAUGCUCAGAUCUUUGUACAAGGCCUAACAACAAAUCCACCAAAAUUCAGUGAACCCAUUUACUAUGCCAACAUCUCGGAAAAUAUCCCAUUCGGCACAUUCGUUGCUCGUGUCAGCGCCAAAUCUUAUCACACUGAUUCAGGUCGAAGUCUGUUGUUUGAGAUACCGGCUGGUGUGGGAGACGAUGUGUUUACCGUCGAUUCGAGCCGUGGCAUUGUUACGACUCGUGGAUCAAUCGAUCGUGAAUCAAAAGAUGUCUACAUGAUCCCGAUUUAUGUGACCGAAGCGGCAGCCACUGAAUUUGGCAAUAGUUUUAGCUAUUCGAAAACAAAUCGAAAUGCAAUGACACUGUUUGAUGUGGCAACACUUGUAAUCAAAAUCAACGAUGUUAAUGAUCAUGCUCCUGAAUUCCGAACGGGUACCUGCUAUCCAUUGGCUGUGCCAGAAAAUCAUGAGGCCACCAUUAUUCACACAGUCGUCGCAACCGAUUUAGACGAUGGCUUGAAUGGUGACAUCAUUUAUACCAUCACAGGUGGAAAUUUCGGAAAUAGAUUCAGCAUCGACAUGCACACGGGUGAAUUGACAGCCGGUCCGUUGGACCGAGAACAGAAAGCACGUUAUCUGCUGCAAAUCACCGCACAAGAUCGUGGCUCACCAAUCACAUAUCAAGGCACAUGCAAUAUUUCAAUCGCUGUUGAAGAUCAAAACGAUUCCAAUCCACACUUUGAACUGUCCAAGUACACGGUCACGGUGGCUGAAGACGUUGCCAUCGGUACACCAAUACUGACAGUCAAAGCUACCGAUGCCGACAUUGGAUCGAAUGCACAAAUCGUCUACUCAUUGGCUAACGAAACGGAUUGGCUGUUUAGUGUGGACAAUCGCAGCGGUGUUAUUACAACGACAGGUGCUUUGGAUCGGGAAAAGACGCGUGUAUUUAAUUUCAUGGUUGUAGCCACUGACGGUGGUUUGUAUGAUGCACGCGAGCAAAGUGUUCCCGUUCAAAUUGUGAUUGAGGACGUCAAUGAUAAUGCUCCAAUAUUUGAGAAGUAUCCAUUCAAAAAUCAGAUUUCCACAUUUGUGCAGCCCGGCCAAAAAUUGAUCCAGGUUUCAGCAACGGAUAUUGACGAAGGUGCAAACGGUGAAGUUGUAUACAGUUUGGCUAGCGAUUCAAUGAAUGACAAAUUUCGACUGAAUCCCAGCACUGGCAUUUUAACGGCUACAAAAAGCCUUUCCGAGGACAAUGGACGUUUGAUUCAUUUGAAAAUUGUUGCACGAGACAAAGGGAAUCCACCACAAAGCACAUUCGGUUUUAUUGAGCUACGUGUCGGUGAUGUUGCAUCGGAUUACCCAAGUUUACACUUUCAAAAUGAAUUGUACCCAGUGUCGCUCAUGGAAAAUGUACCGCACGGUCAUACCGUUGUACAAUUGAAUGCGGUACGAAGCGAUGGUCGACGUCAAAAGAUAAUUUAUAGCAUUGAAAGUGGCAAUGAUAAUGGUGCAUUCGAGAUUGAUGCAAAAACCGGCGAAAUCAAAGUAGAAAAUUCAGCGAGCCUCGAUUACGAAGAUCGUAAUAAACGCGGUAUUCAUUUGGUUGUUGUUGCACACACCGACACAGCGCCCAUUCUCUAUGGCUACUGUACGGUUGUGGUUCAUUUACAAGAUGAAAAUGAUAAUGCGCCACGAUUUACACAGCGACAGUACGAGGCGAGCGUGUGGGAAGGCAAUAACAAAGGUACAUUUGUGAUGCAAGUCAAAGCGUUUGACAUCGAUGAGGGAGCCAAUUCACGUGUACUAUAUCACAUUGUCGAUGGGAAUCAUGAUAAUGCUUUUGUCAUUGAGCCCGCGUUCAGUGGCACCGUUAAAACGAAUAUCGUGCUUGACAGAGAAAUCCGUGAUAUGUAUCGAUUGAAAGUGAUUGCCACCGAUGAAGGAGUACCACAAAUGACGGGCACUGCAACGAUUCAUGUGCAUAUCAUCGAUGUGAACGACAAUCAACCAACAUUUCCACCGCACAACGUCAUCAAUAUUGGCGAAGGCACUGAACUUGGUACCGUACUAACGAUCGCAUCGGCUAACGAUGUUGAUACUUAUCCAUCAUUGGCUUAUUCAUUCGAUGAGGUUCACACCGACGAAGAUGCACUCGCUCUGUUUGCCAUCGAUCGCUUUAGUGGUAAGGUUUUGCUGAAACGACCAUUAGACUAUGAAAUGCGACAGGAAUACCAAUUGAAAAUCCUCGCAUCCGAUACAAAGUACACGGCACAAUCAACACUUACCAUUCACAUUGCCGAUGAAAAUGAUAACGCACCCGAAUUCACACAACUGAUGUAUCAAACAACGAUUUCAGCAAAAUCGUCGAGUGGAAUAAUUGAAGUGAUGAAAGUGAACGCAACUGAUUUGGAUAGCGAGAAAAAUGCCGGUCAACGAUACUCUUUGGUGAAACCAGUGCCUGGCUUCUACAUUGGCGAAACAACUGGCAUCAUUUCGGCGAAUGCAAGCCAAGUUAAUAAACUAUCAACAAACGAUGUACAAUUCUCUGUAAUGGCCACUGAUUCCGGCAUUCCAAUGCUCAAGUCAACGGCUGCCGUUCGAAUUAAGGUCAUUCCGAACAAUUUGGUGAAACCGCAUUUCAUUCAAAAUCAAUAUCGAUCAACAAUCAUGGAGAGUGCCGAAUUGGGAACGGUUUUGCUUAAGCUGACAGGUGCUGAUCAAAUCGAAUUAGACUCAAAUCAAAAUACCGUAUACCAAAUCAUAUCUGGAAAUGACAAUGAUACCUUCGACAUAAUCCAGCCGAAUAAUGCUUUGGUGUUGGUGAAGCAGCUGGAUCGCGAGACAACUCAAUCGUACAAUUUACGUUUGGCGCUGAAUGACGCUGAAAUUCCAAAUCAAAUGGACGAUAAUACAACAAUCAUAAAUGUGUUUGUAUCGAUUGAGGAUGCAAACGACAAUGCACCAGUGUUCCAAACGGAGAACUACGAAGUUGUGGUCAGCGAAGCGGUUCCACUAAAGUAUUCGAUCGCAAAGAUCAUUGCAACCGAUGGUGACUUGGAAAAUACACCAAAUUCGGAGAUUGUCUACGACAUCACGUCUGGCAAUGACGAUGGAUUGUUCAGCAUCGAUUUGAUUAGUGGCGUGCUUUUGGUGAACAAAAAAUUGGACUACGAUCAAGGCCAUACGAAUUACAGUGUGGUAAUUCGAGCCUGUGACAGCGGAGUGGUUGCUCUGUGCAACAUUUGCCAAUUCAACAUCACGCUAACCGAUGAAAAUGACAAUGAGCCACACUUUGCCGUUUCAGAAUAUGUGGAAUUUGUUGCUGAAAAUGAACCGAUUGCCGUGAGUGUGUUCACUGCUCGUGCCGUUGAUUUGGACAAAGGGAAAUAUGGCAAGCUAAACUAUUCGAUUGAGUCCGCAUCGGCAAUUGGUCAAUCGGAUGUUGAUGAAGCAUGGAAACUGUUCAAAAUCGAUCCAAUCACUGGAAUCGUCAUCACCAAUGCGGUCUUUGAUUAUGAACAAAAGAAUCGUUACACAUUUGCCAUCAAGGCAACCGAUGUUGGUGGUAAAUCGGCCUACGUAAAAGUUCACAUCAUGAUCGAUAGUCGAGACGAAUACAGUCCACAGUUCACCGAACGAACAUAUCGAUUUGGUUUGGCUACACCAGAGUUGGAUACACUGCCAGUUGGGUAUAUCGUAUUUUGUUGUGUUCUUGCAACGGAUCGUGACAAAGGGCCAGAUGGUCGGGUUGUUUACCAACUGACAACACAACACCCAUACUUUAAGAUCAACCGAACGACCGGCGCCAUUAUGAUCAAGCGCAAGCUGAACAAUGCGGCCGCUACAUUGGAAGCGGGUCGUGAUAUGAGUUUGGUUGUAACGGCUUCAUCGGGUCGUCAAGGUUCAUUGACAAACAUGACUGUUGUUGAAAUCGCAUUGGAUGCCCUAUCCAAUUUGAGUACGAAUCAAGCAAGCACGAUUAAUUCGGGCGGUGCAAAUGACAGCGGUAUCGCUGAUUGGGCACUUGGGCUGUUGAUUUCAUUGAUUUUGGUGUGCAUUUCAUUUGGUGCCGUAUUUUUGUUCUUACACUUCAAAAAUCGACGACACAAACAAGUGAUCAAGCCAAAUUUGAGCUCUGAAACGGUUGGAAAUACGAACAGCUACGUCGAUCCAUCGGCAUUUGAUACAAUUCCAAUCCGAGCAAAUGCCAGUGUCAACAACUCUGGACCAUUUGCGCCACCGAAAUACGAUGAGAUUCCACCGUGUUCGCACAGUUCGCGUUCGAAUAAUGCGACAACAUCCGAGCUUUCGGGAUCACAGCAAUCCGGUUCAAGUGGAAGAGGUUCAGCCGAAGAUGAUGGUGAAGAUGAGGAAAUACGAAUGAUCAACGAAGGACCAUUGCAACGAGAUAAUGGAAUGCACAUGGAGAAUGGUCGUCAAUCAGACGUUUCAGUACAAAAUACACAAGAGUAUUUGGCUCGAUUAGGUAUUGUAGAUAAUAAUUUAACUGCCGGAGCAUCGACAUCGUCACGUGUAGGCAGCACAAAAGAUGCAAUUUUACAUCACACACUGCCAAUCGAUUCGUUGCACAUGUUCGACGAAGAUUCGCAUCACAAUGACAUCACGAAUUUGAUUUAUGCGAAAUUGAACGAUGUUACGGUGGGCAGUGAUAGAGCGAGUUGUGUGGAUGAGGCCGCAACGACUGCAGGCAGCAUUGAUGCGGCCGUUGAUCACAUGAUGAGCGGAUAUCCGGUGGUAGCUGGAAAUCCAGGCCCAUCAAUGAACGGUUCGCUAAGCUCAAUCGUUCACAGUGAAGAAGAGCUCACGGGCAGCUACAAUUGGGAUUAUUUACUCGAUUGGGGCCCUCAGUAUCAACCAUUAGCACAUGUUUUCUCGGAGAUUGCAAGACUGAAAGACGAUACGUUGUCACUGCACAGCGGGAACAGUGGAGCGAGCGGUAAAAGUAAAGCAACACAACAUCCGAAACACAUUCCACCGCCGUUGCUCACACACAUCGCACCACGAUCAGUGCUUACCACACGAGGCAACAGCAGCCACACAGGCUCUGUAAAUCAGUACCUUUUACCAAGAUCACCAAUCAGCCAUGAUUCAAUCGCUGGCUUUAGCACAUCAUCCGCCAUGUCACCCUCAUUCUCACCAUCACUGUCACCAUUGGCAACACAGUCACCAUCAAUUUCACCGCAUGUCAGCAACCUACCCACAUCGCAUCGCAAAAUAUGCUAGUGAUCAUUCGUUUUGUACAUAUGAAAUACAUGAGCCUUGUACAUUUUCCAACAAUAGAAAAUAAAAGAAAUUCAAACAAAAUGAAACAAAUGAAUUUUAAACGAAAACGACGGAAGAUGGAAUUUAGAAGAAAUGCGAGUGACAAAAAUAACAAGUUUACCGUAAUUAGUAAUUUAAAAUGCAAUCUGUGACACAACAAAAUCUAUUGUAUAGACAAGUUUCUGAAUUCAAUUUAAAAGCAAAUGGUGAAUUGAGGCCAAUUACGUCUCUUUGCAUUGAGAGAGCAAAAUUUAUAGGCAAAAAAAUCGAUAGUGAUUUAUUUAAAUGAAGAAAUAUACAACUUAAUCAAAUGUGCCGUCAUUGUAAAUAGACAAUCAAUGUUUAGUCAGUAGAAAAAUGAAUUAUUGAAGUAGAAUCGAGUUUAUAUACAAAUUAAAAUUUAGCUCGUAAUAGAUUUUAUUCGUAGACCCAUCACAUUUAUCGCUAUAAGACUGGUAAAUAUUAGUAUGACAAUAUAGAAAAGAAAAGAAAAACAAAUGAAACAUUUACCUUCAUCCAUGCAUUUUUUCAUUUUACAAUAAUUAAAGUGAAAAACAAAACAACUAGACAACAUAGAUUUGCCAUUAGGUUUAAGAACAAUUGGAACAAUAUGCGACGACAACAAUCAGUGAAAAUUUCCGCUUGAAACAAUUUCAGUUUCUUCUUGAUUUUCAUUGAGGCGACAAUUUUUUUUCUUCUAAUAAAAUUAAAGAUUUCCUUCAUCGAAGCUGCAAAUCUAAUGACAAAUUAAUUUAUGCAAUUAGAAUUAAGCGAUUUUUUUACAUUUAUUUUUUAAAAGGAGAAAGAACGAAGAGAAAAUUGUAUAAAAAAGUGUAAAUGUGUACAAAUAAAGUAAAACAAGUCCGUUGCCAUCUAUUUUUAAUAAAAGUAGAUUUUGCAACUUUUUAAUAAAUAAAAAAGGCACGUGGUUUUAUUUCGGAAACUUUUUCUUUCAGUGGCUUUCUCAGGAUUUUGCAGACAAUUUUGUUGACAUCCAUGAGGUUAAUCGGCAGAAUCGCCAUGAACUUUCGAAAGUAAAGAAGAUGAUGAAGAUACAACAUCGUUUUGUAUAACACCGGAUGGAAUGGGAUUAGAUGGCGGUGCUGGAACCAUAUCCACAUCAUCGCUGACUGCGGAAGACUUUUCUUUUAUUUCCCAAGCACAGCUACGAAUCCGUGCAGUGUGGUCAAGAGUUCGGCAUAAACUCCUAACUUAAGUCCACCAUCUUACCUUAUUCUAAAAAUAUCAGUUUUUUCCGCUCUACUGUGAGCCGCGUUUCGUAUUCAGCGUUUCCGGCGGCGACUCCCAUUUUGUUCGGCAGCUUUGGAACACGCAAAACGCGCUCCAUGUCAGAUUGAGUUGAAACUAUUGACAAUCGUUCAACAGCCCCGCAGUUGACAUAUCGAUCAUCAUUUUUCCGUCCCAGUGAUGUACAAGACCUUUUUCCACGGAGAACUAUAAACACAAUCAAACAGUAGAAACAAAAUGUACAUCCAGUAACUAUGAAAUUUAGUGUGAUCUUCUCCAAAUACCUCAACAUUUUGCAAGAAAUGCAUGGCAAUUUCUCCAUGAUAUUUUGUUCGAUUUCUUCUCAGCGACGAAUAGUUCAAAACAGGGUUUGAAUUUUCCCAUCCGCUCGAUAGAGUCUCCAUCGAUUCAAUCGAAAGAGUUUUUCUAAAGAGACUUUUUCAAAAGAAUCUUUGCGAAAAUUCGCAAUGUUCUGCUACAAAUUAUGGCUUUAAAUUAUAGUCAAAUGAUUGGUUUUGAUUUAUAUUUUAAUACUAUAGUAUAUUUAUAGCUAUAAAGAAAGAAAAACUAAAAAAACUCAUUUAUUUGAAAUUUUAUUAAAAUAAUUGAUUUCAUUUGAUGCAUAUUUUGACAGAUCGAGUCAAACAAAAUCGCCUUACUCAAAAACUGUAUGCAUUUUAAACCUCUAAUGCAUUAAUUUUUCCCAGGGCUCCGGAGUACUGGUACUUGGUUGAUCUUUGGCCAUAUAUAAUUAAUAAAAUAUUCAUAAUCCGAUGGAAUCCUCAUGGUUUAGUCAGAAAAUGCGAUUGACAUAAAUCAGAGAACAAUCAAAUCCAUUGUUUAAAAGUGUCAAAAAUUUGUCUAAUUUGGAGUUCGAAUAAUUUAUUUUGUCAAUUUUUUUGUUUUUGCAUACAUUUUUGUUUAUAACUUUAGAAUCACACUACAUAGACAAAUAUAUUGCCAAAGACAAAAAUAAAGAGAAAAUAUUGACAAAUAAAAAUUCCCUUCAAAGCAAUGUGAUCCGAUGUACGGUUUUCGUUCUACAGGCGUUCAAAUGUUGCCCGUCUAGAGGCGGUUGUAUGCAUGAGAGGGUAAGGAAAGUGUUUUUUCUUUCUACAUUUUUCGAAUUUUUGAUGCCAAACUUAUUUUUUUUGAGUUCAACUUUUGAAAACUGAUUAGCGUUUCUGAAAAUCCGGUUUUGGCCGUCAACACAAGUGAUGAUAGUCGUGUGUGUGUAUCAAUUCAACUUCGUUUAAUGAUAAAGUAAACUCCAUUUAAUUAUCCGAUUUCAAUGAUUUAAUGCUUGCAGUAAAUCUAAAAUUCAACCAGAUAAAUUCGGUAUGCAAAUACAUAUCACUCAGACCCAUUCAGAGAGUAAAUAAUUUCAUCAAAUGCAAUGAAAAAAGUACAUUAUCUCGCUGUGCGCUGCCAAUUUGUCUCGGCGAUUUUUUAGUCAUCAUUUGGAGAUUUUUUCUUUCAAAGAUAAAAAAUAGUUCUGUUCCAAAAAACUGUUGUCUGUUUUUUUUCUCUUGAAUUCUCAAGUGUCAGUAAAACAUUCCUAAGACAUUCAACUUUCAUC